AGAAGUUUUCGUACAAACAAAAAUACAAAGGACUCUCUUUCUCUCUGCCUCUCUCUACCUCUCCUCCAUUACCACUGCCCGUUUCAUCUUCUCUAUAUCGCUCUCUCCCUGAAAGAAAACGAAAAACACUAUAUUUCAACUUGUUCUCGUUUUCUGUAGUUAGAUUUCUACAGUGGGUUUUUGUUUUUGUGUACCUAGGUGCUCUGUUUUAGUGUUGAGUGUUCUUUUUUCCUUCUGGGUAUAAUGACGGAUACAACAGAUGAUAUAGCUGAGGAAAUCUCAUUUCAAAGCUUUGAUGAUGACUGUAAACUGCUUGGGAAUCUGCUAAACGAUGUGUUGCAGAGAGAAGUUGGAGGCAGUUUUAUGGAGAAACUUGAAAGGAAUCGGAUCCUAGCUCAGAGUGCGUGUAAUAUGAGAUCGGCUGGGAUAGAGGAUACAGCUGAACUGCUAGAGAAGCAGCUGGCAUUGGAGAUGUCAAAGAUGACACUAGAGGAAGCCUUGACUCUUGCUCGUGCGUUUAGCCAUUACCUUAAUUUGAUGGGAAUUGCAGAGACCCAUCACAGGGUUCGUAGGGCGCGAAGUAUGACCCAUCUAUCAAAAUCUUGUGAUGACAUUUUUAAUCAGCUGUUGCAGGGUGAAGUUUCUCCAGAGGAGCUUUAUAACACAGUUUGCAAGCAGGAGGUUGAAAUUGUUCUUACUGCACAUCCUACUCAAAUUAAUCGUCGUACCUUGCAAUAUAAGCACAUUAGAAUUGCUCAUCUUUUAGAUUAUAAUGACCGACCUGAUCUUACUCAUGAAGAUAGAGAAAUGCUGAUUGAAGAUCUGGUAAGAGAGAUUACUUCAAUAUGGCAGACAGACGAGCUCAGGCGUCAUAAACCUACGCCAGUGGAUGAAGCUAGGGCUGGCUUGAACAUUGUUGAGCAGUCCCUGUGGAAAGCUGUACCUCAUUAUUUACGUCGUGUCAGCAAUUCGCUAAAGAAGCAUACAGGAAAGCCACUUCCAUUAACUUGCACGCCAAUAAAGUUUGGAUCUUGGAUGGGGGGUGAUAGAGAUGGAAAUCCCAAUGUAACAGCAAAGGUCACAAGAGAUGUCUCUCUUUUGUCUAGGUGGAUGGCUAUUGACCUAUACAUUCGGGAAGUUGAUAGCCUCAGAUUCGAACUAUCCAUGAGUCAGUGCAGUGAUGGGAUGUUAAAAGUGGCAAAUGACAUUCUAGUAGAAGAAACUUCAUCAGAGGAUCGGUAUGAGAGUUGGAACCAAUCCAUGAUCAGAAGUCAAACAAAAUCUCAUGGCCAACAAACUCCAUCUCUUCCUACGCAACUUCCAGCUAGAGCUGAUCUUCCUGCCUGCACUGAUUGCAAUGAUGGUGGAUCUCAGUAUCCCAAACUGGAACUUCCAGGGACUGAUUACAUGCCCUUUGGUCAUCAGGAUGCCCUAGGUUCUUCAAGUUCAGAAUCUUCAUUCCAGGAUUCCAGUCAUGGUUCACACAAAUCAUUCCCAAAUGGAAGUAUUGCCAACUCUAGUAGUUCUCCCUCUUCUGGGACUCCACGGGGAUCUUUCACUUCUAGUCAACUACUUGCACAGAGGAAAAUAUUCGCAGAAUCUAAGAUAGGAAGAUCCAGCUUCCAGAAACUUCUGGAGCCAAGUCUGCCUCAACGUCCUGGAAUUGCUCCUUAUAGAAUUGUUCUUGGCAAUGUAAAAGAUAAGCUUACAAGGACAAGAAGACGGCUGGAACUUCUUCUAGAGGAUCUUCCCUGUGAAUAUGAUCCUUGGGAUUACUAUGAAACAACAGAGCAAUUAUUAGAACCAUUGCUUCUGUGCUACGAGUCUCUGCAAUCAUGCGGGGCUGGGGUUCUGGCUGAUGGUCGUUUGGCUGACCUGAUUAGAAGAGUUGCUACCUUUGGGAUGGUAUUAAUGAAGCUAGACCUGCGCCAGGAAUCUGGAAGACAUGCUGAAACACUAGAUGCAAUCACGAAAUAUUUGGACAUGGGAAUGUAUAGUGAGUGGGAUGAAGAAAAGAAACUGGAAUUUCUAACAAGAGAACUGAAAGGGAAGCGACCACUAGUUCCUCCUACUAUUGAGGUUGCUCCCGAUGUUAAAGAAGUUCUGGAUACUUUUCGAGUUGCUGCUGAGCUGGGAAGUGAUUCACUUGGAGCUUAUGUGAUUUCUAUGGCAUCCAAUGCAAGUGAUGUCCUUGCUGUGGAGCUUCUGCAGAAGGAUGCCCGGCUUGCUGUUAGUGGGGAGUUGGGGAGACCAUGUCCUGGCGGAACAUUGCGAGUGGUGCCAUUGUUUGAAACUGUGAAAGACCUGAGAGGGGCUGGUUCAGUGAUCAGAAAAUUGUUAUCAAUUGAUUGGUACCGGGAACACAUUAUUAAGAACCAUAACGGGCAUCAGGAGGUGAUGGUUGGAUAUUCUGAUUCUGGUAAAGAUGCUGGGCGUUUCACUGCUGCAUGGGAACUUUACAAAGCACAAGAGGAUGUUGUGGCAGCAUGCAAUGAAUAUGGUAUCAAAGUGACUCUAUUCCAUGGACGUGGAGGGAGUAUUGGUCGUGGUGGUGGCCCCACAUAUCUUGCCAUACAAUCCCAACCACCUGGUUCAGUAAUGGGGACUCUUAGGUCAACUGAGCAAGGAGAAAUGGUGCAGGCCAAGUUUGGGCUUCCACAUACUGCUGUCAGACAGCUAGAAAUAUACACAACUGCAGUCCUGCUAGCAACCCUUUGUCCCCCGCUUCCACCUCGAGAACAAAAAUGGCGCAAUGUCAUGGAGGAGAUAUCAAAAAUCAGUUGCCAAAAUUACAGGAGUACAGUCUAUGAAAAUCCAGAAUUCCUUGCUUACUUCCACGAGGCUACUCCCCAGGCUGAGCUUGGCUUUCUUAACAUAGGAAGCCGGCCCACAAGAAGAAAGAGCACAACUGGUAUUGGACAUCUUCGUGCCAUUCCAUGGGUAUUUGCUUGGACUCAAACCAGAUUUGUGCUUCCUGCUUGGCUUGGAGUUGGAGCAGGUCUAAAGGGUGCUUGUGAGAAGGGAUUUACUGAAGACUUGAAAGCAAUGUACAAAGAAUGGCCUUUUUUCCAAUCUACUGUUGAUCUUAUAGAGAUGGUCUUAGGAAAGGCAGACAUCCCUAUAGCCAAGCACUACGAUGAAGUGCUUGUAUCUGAGAGCAGGCGAGAGCUUGGAGCUGCACUCAGGAGGGAACUCUUAACAACAGAGAAGUAUGUGUUGGUGGUUAGUGGGCAUGAGAAACUGUCUGAGAACAACCGGAGCCUGAGGAGGCUUAUAGAGAGCAGGCUUCCUUAUCUCAAUCCCAUGAACAUGUUGCAGGUGGAGGUUCUAAAGAGGCUUAGAAGCGAUGAUGACAACAAUAAGCUCAGAGAUGCCCUGCUCAUUACCAUAAAUGGGAUUGCUGCUGGGAUGAGGAACACAGGUUGAGCAAACUCUUUCAAGCUCCAUGAAACAUGCAACUUCUUGACUGAAAGCUACGCCUUUUUUCUUCUAUUUCUUUCUUUUUUUUU